UUUUUCGCCGACACAGACUUUCUCUCUCUAGAAAGGGUUUCAGGUUUCUCUCUCUUCAUUGCUCUUUAAGCUUCGAAUCUCAUCACACUCCCAUGCCCAUUUGCUUUAAUGCCGAUGACAGAGCCCGGCGAUCUCCACCCUGUCAUCGUCUUCUUCUCCCUCUUCUCCUUCUUCUCCUCUUCGUCUUCGUCUGUGAGUCCAUGGAGCUUCUGCAUGCGCGGUAGCACACUGUCAGUCCUCCCACUGUGAAUGUGAUCGCCUCUAACGGACAAUGGCGGUGAACGGAGCUCUGUCUUUCUCUUGCUCUCACUCACACUCUCGCUUCUUCUUCGCUCUUCUAGUGUUGUUCUCCUUCUCUGCGAUCCUUCCCCCGUUUUCUGUUUACGGCGCUACUGAUCCUUCUGAUGUUCAAGGUCUUCAGGUUAUUUACAAUUCACUGAAUGGUCCUUCCCAGCUAACUGGUUGGACAAAUAGUAGUGGUGAUCCGUGUGGAGAGUCAUGGAAAGGGGUUACUUGUGAGGGUUCAGCUGUUGUUUCCAUUCAGAUUUCCGGGUUAGGGCUGAAUGGAACCAUGGGAUACUUGCUCUCAAACUUUUUGUCAUUGAGGACAUUAGAUAUGAGUGACAACAACAUUCACGACACAAUUCCAUAUCAGUUACCGCCAAAUCUCACAAACUUAAACCUGGCGAGCAACAAUUUAACUGGGAGUUUUCCGUAUUCCAUUUCUACCAUGGUUUCUCUUAAUUAUUUGAAUGUUAGCCACAAUUCAAUCUCCCAGUCAAUUGGAGACAUAUUUGCUAAACUUGCUGGCCUCACAAUCUUGGAUCUCUCUGUGAACAACUUUACUGGAGAUCUUCCUAAUUCCUUUACUUCAUUGUCCAAUCUUUCUACCCUCUAUUUGCAGAACAAUCAAUUAACUGGUCCUCUGAGUGUUCUUACUGGUUUGCCUUUGACUGAUCUAAAUGUUGCAAACAACAAUUUCAGUGGAUGGAUACCAUCAGAGCUUAGAUCAAUCCGAAAAUUUAUAUAUGAUGGAAAUUCAUUCGACAAUGGUCCUGCUCCUCCUCCUCCACCGUAUACCCCACCUCCUCCCAGUAGAUCUCGUAGUAAUCGCACUCAUUCUCCACCAGAAGCACGCACGCCCUCAAGUUCUGAUGGCCAGUCAUCGAACUCAGAUAAUGGAAAUAAGGGCUUGGCCAUUGGUCCUAUUAUAGGCAUUGUUCUAGGUUCAUUGCUGGUUCUUGUUGCAUUGAUUGCUCUUGUUUUUUGUGUUCGAAAAGCUAAAAAGAAGGGAACUGGUGCAAGACCAUCUGUGGGAAGUGUUCCUGUUGUCACAGAAAAAGUAAAUACAGAAACAAUGCAAGAGCAGAGGACAAAGUUCACAGCCACUGUAACAGAUCUGAAGCCUCCACCUGCAGAAAACUUGAUGGUUGAGAGGGUACAAGGGAAAAAUGGAUCUGGAAAGAGAGUUAAAUCCCCUAUAACUGCUACCUCAUACACUGUUGCUUCUCUUCAAACAGCAACAAACAGCUUUAGUCAAGAAUUUCUUAUUGGUGAAGGUUCCCUUGGCCGUGUUUAUAGAGCUGAUUUUCCAAAUGGAAAGACAAUGGCAAUUAAGAAGAUAGACAAUGCAGCACUGUCUUUACAAGAAGAAGAUAAUUUUCUUGAGGCUGUUUCAAAUAUGUCCCGUCUGAGGCACCAAAACAUUGUUACACUAGUGGGAUAUUGUGCAGAGCAUGGGCAACGUCUUCUGGUUUAUGAGUAUAUUGGAAAUGGGAGUCUACAUGAUAUGCUGCACUUCACUGAUGAUAGUGGCAAGACACUGACAUGGAAUGCACGUGUUAGAGUAGCCCUUGGCACUGCUCGAGCUCUAGAGUAUUUGCAUGAAGUUUGCCUGCCUUCUACUGUACAUAGAAACUUCAAAUCGGCAAAUAUUUUGCUUGAUGAAGAGCUCAACCCCCAUUUAUCAGACUCUGGCCUAGCUGCCCUCACACCAAACACAGAGCGACAGGUUUCAACUCAGAUGGUUGGUUCAUUUGGUUACAGUGCUCCUGAAUUUGCUUUAUCUGGUAUAUACACUGUAAAAAGCGAUGUGUACAGCUUUGGGGUGGUGAUGUUGGAGCUGCUGACAGGUCGGAAGCCCCUGGACAGUUCAAGAGUGAGAUCAGAACAGUCACUUGUGAGAUGGGCUACUCCCCAACUUCAUGAUAUAGAUGCCCUGGCAAAAAUGGUUGAUCCUUCCCUAAAUGGCAUGUAUCCUGCAAAGUCUUUGUCACGUUUUGCUGACAUCAUUGCCUUGUGUGUUCAGCCAGAGCCAGAGUUUCGACCUCCAAUGUCUGAAGUUGUGCAAGCACUGGUUCGGUUAGUACAAAGAGCAAGUGUGGUCAAGAGGCGCUCAAGUGAUGAAUCCGGUUUUGUGUACAAGACUCCAGAGCAUGAGGCAAUUGACAUGUCAUUUUAAGCGUCCAGCCAUACUGAAGUCACAAGCGAUGCUUGCAAUUUUGUCUCAGUUAUGCCAAGGUCAAAGGCUGAUCAAAGUGCGCACAUUCAGAAAAAGAAGAAAAAGAUGUGAAACAGAGACCUGAAGGUUAUGUAAUUAUAUCCCAUACAAUUUCAUUUGCGACCAACUACUUUACAUUGCAAAUUAAGGUAUAUAUUUUUCAUGAAAUGCUGCUAUAUUGUAUUUAAACAAAAAUAACCGUCAUAAAACUAUCGUGUUGCUUUUUUGGGCACCUUGAGAUAUAAUAAAACCUUCCUUCGAUUCCAGGAGAUUAUAUUA